AUGAAAGCAUCCCAGAGUAGGCAAAAAUCUUAUGCUGAUAAGAGAAUAAGACCUUUGGAAUUUGCACCUGGGGACCAUGUCUUCUUGAGAAUUACCACGACUACUAGUGUGGGAAGGGCGAUUCGGUCGAGGAAGUUGUCACCUAAGUUCAUUGGUCCCUAUCAGAUCUUGAGGACGAUUGGACAAGUGGCUUAUGAGAUCGCUCUGCCUCCUCAGUUGGCCAACCUCCACUCGGUGUUUCAUGUUUCGCAGCUAAGGAAGUAUGUGUUUGAUCCUGCUCAUGUGCUAGAAAUGGAAGAUUUACGGGUUAAAGGAGAUCUUUCAGUGGAGGUUCAACUUGUUGGUCUUGGUGAUCGCCAGACAAGGCAACUCAGAGGGAAGUCCAUCAGUCUAGUCCAGGUCAUCCAGGACAAGAGAACAGGUGACUCUACGUGGGAGUUAGAGGAGGAUAUGAGGAAGUCAUAUCCGCAUCUGUUCUAUGGUAAGUCUCAAUUUUCGAGGUCGAAAAUUUUGUUGUUGGGGAGAAUUUGA